CUUACUCUGAAUAAUCAUUGCAGGUGACUUCCAUCCUGCACUUCACACAAUGUUCGACAAUUCACAGUACCCCUACAACUGCUUUAAUUACGAUGGAGAUUAUCCGUCCUGUGGCACUGAGGAGGAGAAGAAAGUGUGCAGACCUGCUUACAGUUACAUUGCUCUGAUAGCCAUGGCCAUACAGCAGAGUCCAGAGAACAAAGUCACCCUAUCGGGCAUCUAUGAGUUCAUCAUGAAAAGAUUCCCUUAUUACAGAUCCAACCAGAGAGCCUGGCAAAACUCCAUCCGCCAUAAUCUCUCCCUCAACAGCUGCUUUAUAAAGGUACCUCGCACCGAGGGCAAUGAGAAGGGGAAGGGAAAUUACUGGACUUUUGCCACAGGCUGCGAGUCCAUGCUGGACCUCUUUGAAAAUGGCAACUUUCGACGCCGUCGACGUCGGCGACGCAACUUAAGUCUGGGCUUCAGGGAACCGUCUGAACCGUUCAGCCCCAUGGACCCUCAGCAGAACACUACGGUGCAACCACUUCUCUCCGAUCCAUUUUGUCCAGAGAGUUCAAACAACAGAGUAGACCAGCGCAAUCCUCCACUCAGCAAACCCGAGCCAGAGAUCAAAUUUAGCAUCGACUACAUUCUGUCCACACCAGACCCCGCGCCAGGGUUCAGACCUCCACACAGCAGCUCUGUAGGAGCUGUGAUACAACAUUUGGAGCAUCAGCAGCUUAACCUGCACUACUGGACCCUGUAACCUGCACAAAAAACUUGGGAAAAAUCGUGAAUUCUCACCAACUUUUUUUUUAAAGUGUGAUGCAAAUUAGUUGGGACAAUUAUGUGAUUGUUCAUCUGAUUUUUGACAUCAAAUCUUUAAACACAAUGUAGGUACAUAUGGCCUGACUAGUACACAUGCUACAGUGGAUUAAUAGGAAAAAAAUCUGUAAGUUAAAAAAAUGCACAGAUUAUUAUUAUUAUUUUUAUUUGUUUUUUACCUUGUUCAUAGGUCUUGAAAGCAGAUUCUAUCUGAGUAUUGGGAAUAAAUUUACAAGAAUUUUUUUUUUUGCUGAAGACUAGACACAGAUAAACUUCUGCUUUGGUUCCCUAACAUAUCUUUUUGAGUUUAAAGAUAAUAAUGACUAUAUUCCUAAAGCUUUAUAAUUGUGCCACUGCCAUAUAAUUAAUAUGGUCACUGCCUUUCCUUAGCUUAUUUUAAAUCGUUUUGGGCUUCAGAACCUGAACUGCAAAACACAGUACAUGAUUUGUUCACUGUGAUUGUCCUGCCUUUUGAGAUUAAGCGUUCAUUAUUGCACCAAAUAUUGGAGAACAAUAAAGCACAUUUCAACAUUUAUAUUUACAUCUGUUUUAUAGAUAGACCAUACCUCUUUUGCAUAAAGAAUUAACUGACCAUUUUAUUUGUUUGACAAGAGGCAUAUGUUUGCAAAUUACAUAUACUUAAUUUAGUUUUUUUUUAUAUAUUCUGUGCUCAGAGAACAGAUUUCAAUUUAAUAACUUAAUAAUCACUGUAAAAUGUAACAUGGAUCAUCUCUGCUCAUUCAGUAGGUUAGCAGAAAUAACCGUUUUGUGCAAUACCAACAUAUACAGCGUGUGUGUAUGUAAUACAGUAAUGUAAUUAUGAUUGUAUUUUAUAUUGUAUAUAAUAUGUAUUCAUUCUUUCUGAAGAACAAAAAACAGCAACACAUGACAGGUCAGAUAAAAAUAUUUCUAAUCAGGUGGUACCAUAUAUCUAAGAGCUAAUUUCAAAACGACAUCAAAAAUGUAAAUAUCAUGAAACAUCCAAUUUUUUUCACCAUUUCUGUCAUAAUGUGACAAUUAAAUCUACAAAUAAGCUUUAUA